AUGGGUGUGGAUAAGGGUCAUAGUGUGUUCCAGCAGCGUGUCUGCAGGUUCCUCUCUCAGACCCCCCUCAGAGCCAUCACCCAUUGGCUGCCGCAGCUCAGGAGCCUAUUAGACCAACAGGCCUAUCCCCCAACCAUCCACAUACCUGCCUCCUGCCUGGACAGAUUUAUCUCUGUCAACUCUGACAAAAUGGCUGUGAAGAGGAACUUCGGUCUGAACCCCGCCUCCUUUACUCCUUCUGGCCUUCUGACCAACAGCGCCGGCAGGGUAUCCUACAGGCAGGGAGAUGAUGGGGCCGAUCAGCCUGUCCUUGCCCUGGCUGUCCGAGAGCCUCACGCCCGCACCGUGUGGCCGGAUGUAACAGGCCCUUCAGACCCCCUGCUGGCUAGGAAGACAGCCCCGGCAUCCAUCAACGCCCUGCACUACAGCAGCAAGAACUUGCCCUUCCUCUACUUCCCUCGCCUGGCCAGCAUGGACGUGUUCUUGAUAGUGUCCCCAGCGGUGGCGCCAUGCUGCUACAGCCGGGUUCUGUCUGUGUGUGAGGGCAGAGGGUUCAGUCUGAGGGGGGUCCAGAGGCUGCAGCUCCCCACCAAACAAACCCAGGCACUGGGACUCACCAGACAGCAGGUGUCAGUGUUCUGCAGUCCGCCCACUGUUACUGUGGAUGAGAAGAAGGUUGAACUGUCUUCCCACUGCCUGGUCUUACUUCUGAGGAGAGAGAGUGGCCUGCGUCACUGUGCCAGCCUGCCUGCAGCCCUUGUGAAAGAGUUGGAGACACAGAGGUUGUUGGGAUGUAUCCACAUCAGACUGUCAGAUGAAGGAAAGCUGGACCCGAGCAGCUGCUUUCACAUGUUGCCCUACAGAGAGAGCCUGCUCCAUAGCUUUGGUGGGCGUAUGUGGGCCGUACCCAACCCCUGCAAUGUGGUGCUGUCCAAUCACAGGUGUCCAUCCAACCCAGAGCUGGAGCAGGUGGUGGUGCUUAUGCUGGCUGGAAGGGACAUCAGUCAGGGCCUGCUACACAGGCUCUGGACAGGGGACAUAACAGAUACUUUACCCCACAUUAACCAUUCCCACAACACAGCCCAUGUAAUUAAAUAUAUGAGACAAUGUGGCUGCCCACAUUGUCUCGACAGCAUGCGCGCGAGGUGAGCCCCUAUUAGGUAAGUGACCGUCUGUGGCAGAGCAGCAUGGUGGGCCUGGCUUCCUCCCCUGCCCUGGUGUGUGCUCUGAGGAGGGUGGCUCCUGCCAUGGGACUACCCCAGGAACCUGAACAUACUGUUGUCUCCCACUCCUGAACUGGCCUUCAGACAAGCAUCCCUCUUCUUCUCCCUGGGAGACAUGAUCCCUGGUAAAAAAUAAACUAGUCAGUGCAAGCUAGGUACUAUUUCACUACUACCCUAUAUCUGGGGCAAUCAUGUCAAGGAUAGCUGGAUCUAUGUGGAUUUUCUCUCAUCUUCAGAUCACAGUGUGCACCCAUUACUGAAAUUCCUACCCCCACCUCACAUUAAUGUAGCUGGUAUGUGUCACCUGGUCAUCAGCACAUUCAAACGACUCUCUCACCCACCUCCCUUCUGACUUGUGUUUAAUGUUCCUGACAGGUUCCCAGCGUGAGUCAUUGUUAAACUGCAUGGUGCAGGGUCCCCAGCUGCUGGUCAAACUGUCCCUGUUCAAGCCUGGAGUGUGGAGCCAUGCUCUGGGGAGAAUCCUCAGCAAAGUCCAGCG